GCCUUCUUUAUAGUCCUCCGAUGGCCUCUGUACUCCUCUACCAACUACACACCUUCUCCGGACAACCAAAAAUGGACGGCCGGAAAGAUAAAAUUUCUGCAACUUCCGGCAUCAAAAUUCCCUUAAUUCAAUUACUUGAUCGCGAUCCUCCCCACAAGCCCAAGAGAAACAUUUUUGCUUUCCUCUGCGCAAUCAUGGCUUCCAUGGCUUCCGUCUUGAACGGCUACGAUAUUGGUGUAAUGAGUGGAGCAAUAAUCUACAUCCAAGAGGACUUCAAAAUCUCAGACGAAAAGGUGGAGAUCCUCGUUGGGAUUAUCAGCAUCUUCUCAAUUAUAGGCUCGGCGGCCGCCGGCAGAACCUCCGACUGGAUCGGCCGCCGCUACACCAUGGCUCUCGCCGCCGCCUUCUUGUUCGUCGGAGCCAUUCUCAUGGGGUUGGCUCCCAACUACGCCUUCCUCAUGUUCGGCCGAUUCUUCGCCGGCGUUGGCGUCGGAUUCACCUCCUUGAUCGCCUCCGUCUACACCGCCGAGGUUUCUCCGGCAUCGUCUCGCGGCUGCCUCACCGCACUUCCAGAGUUGUUUAUCAAUUUCGGAAUCUUAUUGGGAUACAUUUCGAAUUACGCAUUCUCCAAGCUUCCGAUUCAUCUGGGGUGGCGAUUUAUGCUCGGAAUCGGCUUCAUUCCGUCGGUGUUAUUGGCCGCCGUCGUGAUUCUGAUAAUGCCGGAGUCGCCGCGGUGGCUGGUGAUGCAGGGCCGAGUCGGCGAAGCCAAACAAGUCCUCAACAGAACCUCCGAUUCCAUCGAAGAAUCUCACCAGCGCCUCGCCGAUAUCAAAAAAAUCGUCGGAAUUCCCGCGGAUUGCCAAGACGACGUCGUUCAAAUCCCAAAACAGAGCAGCCACGGCAGCGGCGUCUGGAAAGAGCUCUUCCUCCGCCCGACGCCAGCCGUCCGCCACAUCUUUGUCGCCGCCGUCGGCCUCCAUUUCUUCCACGAGGCCUCCGGCACGGAGAACGUCGUUUUGUACAGCCCCCGAAUCUUCGAGAAGGCCGGAAUCUCGUCCUCCGACCAGAAGCUUCUGGCGACGGUCGCCGUCGGGUUGACGAAGACGUUCUUCAUCGCGAUCGCCACCGUCCUUUUCGACCGGAUCGGACGGCGGCCGUUGAUUCUGACGAGCGUCGCCGGACAGACGAUUUCGCUGCUUGUUUUAGGGGCGGGGCUCACGACUAUUGAGCGCUCGCACGGAGGAGUCACGUGGGCGGUGGGGCUCUGCGUUGCGAUGGUACUAUCCGACGUGGCAUUGUUCUCCAUAGGGAUGGGGCCCAUGGCUUACGUCAGCUCAGAGAUUUUUCCGUUGAAGCUACGCGCCGWAGGGGUGAGCGUGGGGAUGAUCGYGAAUAGAKUUACGAGCGGGGUUGUKACAAUGACGUUUUUGUCCCUGUACCGUGCGAUWACCAUUGGAGGCGUGUUCUUCCUCUACGCUGGGAUUGCAUCCGUCGGUUGGCUGUUUUUUUAUGUGGUCUUUCCGGAGACGCGGGGAAUGAAUUUGGAGGAUGUAGAGGGGCUUUUUGGUAAUUUCAAGUGGAAUUUCUCUGUAAAAAAUGACGUCGAAAAUGAUAGUAGUGGCCAUGUUCCACUUGAGGGCAAUGGAAAUGUGUAGGAAUAAUUUUCUUAGGAAUAAUUUUUUUUGAAAAGAGAAAACAAUUCAAGAAUUUUAUUUUCUUUAA